CGUAGAAACUGUGCGACUGUAACCUUGCGGCUGCGUUAUGUAUUUAAGUUUUAAGGGAUUUUUUCCGCAGCAAUGAGUAGAUUUAUUUUACCGGUUUCUGUGUUCGGAACAGUGGCCGGAUGCGCUGUUUUACUUAAAAACCAUGUGACAGGAGGCCGUUGUCCCAGUAAGGCUACAAUCAAAGGAAAGACAGUAGUGAUAACAGGAGCUAACACGGGCAUCGGAAAGGCGACGGCUCAGGAACUUGCCACAAGAGGGGGUCGUAUCAUUAUGGGAUGCCGUGACAUGGAGAAGUGUGAAACGGCAGCGAAAGAGAUCCGAGGAAAAACUCUGAACCCUCAUGUUUAUGCUUGUCACCUGGACCUGGCCUCCAUGAAGUCCAUCCGAGAGUUUGCAGAGAAAAUAAACCAAGAGGAGAAGCGGGUGGACAUACUGAUAAACAAUGCAGGAGUCAUGAGGUGUCCAGCGGGGAAGACGGAGGACGGCUUUGACAUACAGUUCGGGGUUAAUCAUUUAGGCCACUUCUUAUUGACAAACCUCCUGCUGGAGAAGCUGAAAGAGUCGGCCCCCAGCAGAGUGAUCAACCUGGCCUCGCUCGCCCACAUCGUUGGAAAGAUCGACUUCAAUGACCUGAACUGGGAGAAGAAGAAGUUCGACACGAAGCAGGCGUACUGUCAGAGCAAGCUCGCCAAUGUUCUGUUCACCAGGGAGCUCGCCAAGCGGUUAGAAGGCACCAGAGUGACCGUGAAUGCUGUACACCCAGGAGUCGUAGCCACGGAGCUCGGGAGACACACCGGUCUGCACCAAUCACAGUUCUCCAGCUCUGUGCUCAGCCCCUUCUUCUCUUUGCUGGUAAAGAGUCCAGAGCUGGGCGCUCAGCCCAGCGUCUUUCUGGCCGUGGCUGAGGAAAUGGAGGGUGUGACGGGGCAGUACUACGAUGUGAUGACUGAAAAGGAACCGGCACCCCAGGCCCUCGAUGAUGAGGCGGCUCGUAGGUUGUGGGAGGUCAGCAGCAGGCUGGUGGGCCUGCAGGAAAGUGGACAGCCAUGCGAGGCAAAGCCAUCGGUGGACAGACAAAGCAAAGCCGGGCUGACAGAUUCAGCACAGACACUGGGGCAGAAACUAGAGCAGGACGUCAGUACUGUUGGAUCUUAGCUCUGCUUCAGCUUCAGGGGAUAAUCGAUCUGGACCCACUUUCUGACAUAUGAACACUUUUCUCUCUGAGGAUGUUAAUAUCUGUGUGUAAAGAUGGCCCUUUGUUUCACAGAAGGAAUACUUAAAAUACUUGGACAUAUAAACUCAAUAAAAAGACAAAAACAAUCCAAUGUUGAUUCCAGACGUAAACUCAGGGAUUUAGAUCAGUACUUCCUCUGAUUGUGUUUUCUCAAUCUUUUUGUAGCAGAGAAUUAAGAAGCAUAAAGCUGGUAAAAACUGACUCAGCUUAUGAAACAUUUAUUAAAUAAAGACAUUCUGGCUUCAUAAGGAAAUAAAAGCCAGAUAUCUUGAAUAACUUCCAUCACUAUCAUGGGAGGAAGGUUGGAUUUUUAUGCAAUAGAAGAACACCUUGUUGCUCAAAGAUAUCAAUGAUCUCAUUCUUAAUGUGAUUUAAAUUGAUCAACAAAUCUAAAAAAAAGAAAAUCCCUCAAUCCAAAUAUGGAAUAGUUUGUGAUGAACUAAACACUCCAACAGUGGGGAAAAAGGGUUUAUAUGACAUGUACUUCCUUUUUUUGCACAUGUAUGAGCGACAGUGGCCCAGAGGUAAACAUUACUAGAUGUCUUUUCAGCUGUUUAGAUUGUAGCCUCCUGCUGCCACAUCGUGGUGUGCAGCUGAGCAGGGCACCUUAUCCUCAAGUGUCCUACUGCUCCUCCAAUCACUGUAUGAAGGACUCUCUAGUGUAAAGUGUUGGUAUGAAACUAGAGGUUUUAUAUAUAUGUAAAGUUGCUGCCUUCAGCAUCUUCCCAUAUUUUCUGUUAUCAACGCUAAAAGUCUCAGUAACUGAAUCUGUGAACCGUUCAAAUUUUAGCAGCUGGAUUUUUGUAACAUUUUUGCCUCUUUUAUGCAGAGGAUUGCAUCAUGCGCUUCUGUUUGAGGCUAUGUCUGACCACAUUGUCACCUCCAUGAACAAUAGACAAUUUUUACUAAAGCAUUGGUAGUAUUAUUGUACUACAGUUUUCUCUUUCAUUUAUAUAUUUUUGUGUAUUAAACAGGACUACAAAGGGUGGAGAGGUCUUAUUUAUAUAUUUAUAUAUAUUUUCCUUUCUAAGGAAUUACACAAAUUGAGAUAUCUUAUACCAUUAGUUUAUAUAUCUGCAGUUAACUCACUCCACUGAAGCAUAACUCACAUUUCAUUUUAUUUUAUUAUUUUUUUUUUAUUGCUCUCAUUAAAUCAUCAAUCAGACCAUGAGUAUGCAACCUAUUCACCACCAAAGAGUCAUUUUGUCCUGAAUCCGGUAAAAGUCAUUUAGAGACGUAAUGUUUUACAGGAUAUUUUAAUAAAAACAGCCUAUUGUAAAUAAAUAUCUGCCAAAAGAAAUCUGUUUCCAUCUAAACAAACAACAGUUUAUUUGUAUUUUUAGCUUUUAAAAAUGAAAAAA